AUUCGAUCGAAAGGAAUGUCCACUUGCCGGGUAUCGUCGCGACGAUGGAUAACACGAUCGAAAGAAAUUAGAUUGAUGUUAAUGUAUCCAUGCCGAUUAGUUCGCGGACCUACCGAUAGAGUGAGCCGUUCGUAAAUCUCGUUUAUUUAUUCGCGAUCGAAAGACUGUUUCGAUAUUUUCGUAACCGUUAUUAAAGGAAUUUCGUUUUAGUUUAAAAAUAUAUCCAAUGUGGUUAUUAGUAAAAGACCAUCGAUUUUAGUUUGCGAAGUUGGAGUCAGUAGAAAUAGUCUCGUUUCCCGUUCACAAACACGAACGCUUUGGGUGUGAGAGUAUCGAAAGUGUCACGGUGAAAACAGCUGUUUUAGGUUUGUAAACACGUUGCGGAGGGCAAAAUGAAUUCUUUAACAGAUGGUCGAUUAAUUUUUCAAAUGCCGAAGUUAUUGAUUACAUCCAAACGAUGUUACUCUCGUAGGUAUUCACAAAAGCAAAAAAAUAAAAUAAAAAUAAAAAAGUUGAAAAGGUUGAAGUCGAAGCGGGGAUGAAGAAGACUAUGGGUUUAUUUUGCAUCUGUAACUAUAACAGGAACGAAAUUUUCUUGGUGGUGUAUAAUUAUUUGAGUGGAGUAUGGCCUCUAAGACACAGACAUGUUUGCAGUGCAGCAUUUAUUGGAGGAUUGCAACCAGCAGAAAGUGACAUGAACUCUGAACUUGCAAAAAUUACAGUGGUGCCAUUAGCAGAGAUCAAAGUUUCAUCACAAAAGUAAUAAAGUGAUGUAUUUGGCAGGAAAAGAAAGCAGAUGUGUUUGCAAGAUCUAUGAGUUCUUCAGACGAUUUUCCCGAGGGGGGAUCGAAGACGGGAGAGAGAGCGACGUCUACCAUCGUCUGGUGAGUAGGAUCCGGGCCGGCGGACCCCUGACCCUGGCAGAUUACAUGAACGAAGUCCUCACCCAUCCUGUACAGGGGUACUACACCACUAAGAAUAUGAUCGGAAAAUCCGGCGAUUUCGUCACUUCCCCCGAAGUAUCGCAGUUAUUCGGAGAAUUGAUAGCUGUUUGGUUCGUGAACGAGUGGAUCAAAGUGGGACGACCCUCUCCGUUGAAUCUGGUGGAAUUGGGCCCCGGACGCGGAACUCUCUCCGCUGAUCUGCUGAGGGCGUUGAGCCGUUUCCUGCGGCCGGAGGAGGAUGUCCAACUGCGCCUGGUGGAAAUCGGGCCUCGUCUGAGCGCCGUCCAGGAGGAGACGCUGUGCUCCAACCGGACGGAAGCGAUUCUCGACCGACUCGAAUACAAGAGGAACGUCACGCGCGGGGGUGUACCAGUCACCUGGUACCGGAGUCUGUUCGACGUUCCGCAAGCGUUUUCGUUUUACGUGGCCAACGAGUUCUUCGACGCACUUCCGGUCCAUCAACUUCGGAAAACCGAGAAGGGAUGGAGGGAAGUGUUGGUGGACGAGGAUCCGGAGGCCCGGGAAUGUCGACUCAGGUACGUCCUGUCCAGAGAAGAGACGCCCGUCUGCAAACUAUUCCGGCCGGAAGCAGGCGAUGAAAGAGAGACGGUGGAGGUGUGUCCUCGGGGUCUGGCCCUGACUGAACUGUUGGCCCGCAGGAUAAAGGAGGACGGCGGAUUCGCCCUGAUAAUCGAUUACGGACACGACGGAGACGGAUCCGACACUUUCAGGGCCUUUCGAAACCACCGACCGCACCACCCCCUGUUGGAUCCGGGCACGGCCGACCUCACCGCCGACGUGGACUUUUCUUCUCUGCGACGAGCGGCCGGGGAUGCGGUUUGCAUUUUCGGACCUGUCACGCAGAGGACCUUUCUCUACCGGAUGGGAAUACGACUGAGACUGAAUAGGCUGCUGGAAUCGGCGCCGCCGGAUAUGCGGGAGGAGCUGAGAUCGGGAUACGAGACGCUGACCUGCCCGGACCGAAUGGGAGAACGCUUCAAGUUCUUGGCUCUCUUCCCCUCGGUGUUGCGCGAGAUGCUGCGGAGGAGUCCUCCGGCUGCCUUCUUCCCCUUCUAGACUACUUUCUGCUCUUCCCCGGGCGAA